UGGAGCACGAGCUUUACAAAACAGCAUUACAAGGGAGUGCGAAUUCACUGCAUGAAUUACUUGAAAAAAGAUCCAUUAGUUCUUGAUAGAGUUGCCGUGAAUUGCUUCAACGAAACACCUUUGCACGUGGCAGCAAUCCGAGGGCACACUGAUUUCGUGAAGGAAAUUCUAAGUUGAAAUUCCGAGCUUUCUGGAGAGUUAGAUUCAUGAGGAUUAUCCCCUCUUCACUUGGCAUGGGCUAAAGGGCACGAUGAGAUGGCAAAAAAAUUACUGUCAGCCAACCCUGAAAUGUGCCUCGCUUGUGAUCAAGAUGGUAGAAACCCUCAUCAUCUAGCGCCUAGCGGCCAUCAAAGGGAGUCAGUGUCUUGAAAAAGCUGGUUGAAGCUAGAUUAGCUGCGGCUCGAGCAAUAGUACUGGACAAGGGUGCCACCAUAUUGCAUUUGUGUGUGCAGGACUAUCGAUUAGUGGCGCUGGAACUAUUGUUGGAGACUAUGAAUGAUCGUGAGUUUGCUAAUUUAAAGGAUGGGAAUGACAACACCAUAUUAGAUUUAGCAGUUGCAUAUAAACAGAUCAAGACAAUAAAGUAUUUGCUGGCAAGUGCCCAAAUAGAUGUAAAUGCGAUUACUGCUAAUACAUUGAGAGCACUGGACAAUAUUUUAGCACGCAGUGGACCGAAGGAUUUGGAAAUCGGCAACUCCCUUGAUGAAGCUGGAGGAGCAUCAAGAGGCAGCAGAGAUAUACCUGUCGACUCAUCUGGUAAUGAAAAUGGAACAAACAUUAGGCAGCGGCUGCUUAAGUACUGUACGCCAUUUCUCAUCCAAUUCCUGAAUGGUUUGGUAGAUAAUGGUUCUCGGGGUGGCGGCGAGUUUAUGAAGGAGAUUCGGACGGGAUUAAUGGUAGUGGCUUCGGUCAUAUGCUCAUUGACAUUCCAAAUUGGGGUGAAUCCUCCCGGUGGUGUUUGGCAAGACAACUUAGUGGUAGAUUCUCAAGGUAACCCUGUGCCAAAUCCACACAAGGCAGGAGAAGCUAUAAUGGCUUCUACCUCUCCAAAUGAAUUCCGUUUUCUCUAUAAAGCUAACGUCAUGAGCUUCGGUACAUCUAUGUUGGCAAUGUUGUUUCUAAUUAUCCCAAUUCCCUUAAGGAACAAUGCUCUGGUGGUGCUUUUGUUCAGCUUAAUGUUGUCAACAUUGUGUACUGUUGCGGUAACUUAUUCUUCUUCUAUUGGGGCAAUCACUCCAGCUGACUUAAAACAGUUGAAUCUGCUUUCACUAUCAUUGGCAUUGACUUGUGUCCUGGUAAUUCCUCUUCUUACUGUGAUUGGGAUUCUCCGACUAGGAAUAUGGUUGAAGAGCCGUGGAUUAAUAAAUGUAUCGCAACCAGAAACACCACCAAGUUCAGUUGAUAUAAACCAUGCAUCCAAUCGCAACCAAGAAGAUUUUCAGAACAUUCAUGACUUGCAAUAAACCAUGCCAAUGCUGCUUAAUUAAUUGGUUUUUAUGCUUCAGUUCAACGUAUAAGUUGCCCUGUGUUCCUUUUGUAGCAAAAUUUCUCAAAAAUGUACUAGUCAAUGUUUAGUGUUAAUCACUGUUGUAACAUUUUAAUUAUGUCUAUCUAUUCUGUGAAAUGUAUGGUAUUAUUUUGAAACCUCUCCCAAUUUUACUUGGAGUAAGCAGAAAUAAAUUCCAACCUCAAUUACAAAG